UGAGGAAAGGAACUGUUCUCUUCUUGGGUGCUUUUGCGUGUGUAGCACCAGAAACUGGAUGUCAAUCUCCAUGCAUGAAGGUGCCAGUGGCGAACAGCUGCAGCAGCAGGUGGCAUCCAGGGUGCGAUCCAUGAGGCGCAACCUAAGCAGCAUGCUGCGCACCGCGGCGAAGAAGGAGCCCCAGGGCGUGGUCUAUCAGGGCGUGGAGGAUGUCUUGGAUGACUGCAAGGACUCAUUUAUGGUGCUUUUUGAAGGAAACGCAAAUGAAUUCAAAAGCUGUUUGAGGAGACGAAACAAGUUAAAGAAAUAUGAUGACGUGAACCCCUCCCCUUUGCAUUGUGCUGCAGAAGAAGGUCAAGUUGAGCUGAUGGAGAUGAUCCUCAAUGACUCCUCUUGUGAAGUGUUGAAUGUGAUGGACAAUUAUGGAAAUACUCCUCUGCAUUGGGCUGCAAAAAAAAACCAGGUUGAAAGUGUGAAGUUUCUUCUUAGCAAAGGAGCCAACCCAAACCUCCGAAACAUCAGCAUGAUGGCGCCCCUCCACCUUGCUGUGCAGGGCAUGCACAACGAGGUGGUGAAGGUCUUGACUGAGCACGGCAGUACGAAUGUUAAUUUGGAAGGAGAAAACGGAAACACAGCUGUGCUAAUCGCAUGCUCCAAAGAUAACAGUGAAGCACUGCAGAUUUUGUUAAAAAAUGGAGCUAAGCCAUGCACAUCAAACAAAUGGGGAUGUUUUCCUGUUCACCAAGCUGCCUUUUCAGGUGCCAAAAAAUGCAUGGAAAUAUUACUAAAGUAUGGUGAAGAACAUGGAUUUAACAGACAGUCUCACAUUAAUUUUGUGACAAAUGGGAAAGCUAGCCCCCUGCACAUGGCAGUUCAGAGUGGAGACCUGGAGAUGAUUAAGAUGUGUCUGGACAACGGUGCACAGCUGGAGCUGAUGGAGAAUGGGAAGUGCACAGCCCUUCACUUUGCUGCCACCCAGGGAGCCAUGGAGAUUGUGAAACUGAUGAUAACUUCCUACUCUGGUACUGGCGAUAUUGUUAACUCAGUGGACGGAAAUCAGGAGACAAUGCUUCACAGGGCCUCAUUAUUUGAUCACCAUGAACUAGCAGACUACUUAAUUUCAGUGGGAGCAGAUAUUAAUAGCACCGACUCUGAAGGACGGUCUCCACUUUUAUUAGCAACUGCUUCUGCAUCUUGGAAUACUGUGAAUUUGCUGCUCUCUAAAGGUGCACAGGUAGACAUAAAAGAUCAUCUUGGACGUAAUUUUUUGCAUUUGACUGUGCAGCAACCGUACGGAUUGAAAAAUUUGCAACCCGAGUUUAUGCAGAUGCAGCAUAUUAAAAAGCUGGUAAUGGAUGAAGACAACGAUGGGUGUACUCCUCUACAUUAUGCAUGCAGACAGGGGGUCCCUGUCUCUGUAAACAACCUGCUUGGCUUUAAUGUGUCCAUUUACUCCAAAAGCAAAGAUAAGCAGUCACCCCUACAUUUUGCAGCCAGUUACGGGCGCAUCAAUACCUGUCAGAGGCUCCUGCAAGACUUGAGUGAUACGAGGCUUUUGAAUGAAGGUGACCUUUAUGGAAUGACUCCUCUCCAUCUGGCUGCAAAAAAUGGGCACGAUAAAGUAGUUCAACUUCUUCUGAAAAAGGGGGCUUUAUUUCUCAGUGACCACAAUGGCUGGACUGCUUUGCAUCAUGCUUCCUUGGGUGGGUACACGCAAACCAUGAAGGUCAUUCUUGACACUAAUUUGAGGUGCACAACAGAUCAGCCAGAUGAAGAAGGGAACACAGCACUUCACUUUGCUGCAAGGGAAGGCCACGCCAAGGCUGUUGCUCUCCUUCUGAGCUAUGGCGCCGACAUCGUCCUGAACAAGCAGCAGGCCUCCUUCCUGCACCUCGCCAUUCACAACUGGAGGAAGGAGGUGGUUCUUACGAUCAUCAGGAACAAGAGAUGGGAAGAAUGUAUUGGGGUUUUUAGUCAUAAUUCUCCAAGCAAUAAAUGUCCAGUCACGGAAUUGAUAGAAUACCUCCCUGAAUGCAUGAAAGAACUUUUAGAUUGCUGCAUGACACCCUCCAUGGAAGACAAGUCCUGCCGAAACUACCAUAUCGAGUAUAAUUUCAAAUAUCUUCAGUGUCCACUAGAAUUCACGAAAAAAAACGCACAGGAUGUCACAUAUGAGCCUCUCACAGCCCUCAAUAUGAUGGUACAACAUAACCGCAUAGAGCUUCUCAACCAUCCUGUGUGUAAGGAGUAUUUACUUAUGAAAUGGUUGGCUUAUGGGUUUAGAGCCCAUAUUUUGAACCUGGGAUCUUACUGCCUUGGUCUCCUGCCUAUGACCUUUCUCAUUGUCAAUAUCAAGCCAGGUCUGGCUUUCAACUCAACUGGAAUCAUCAAUGAAACCAGUGAUCAUUUAGAAAUAUUAGAUACCAAGAAUUCAUAUUCUAUAAAAGUUUGUAUGAUUUUAGUUUUUUUAUCAAGUUUAUUUGGAUAUUGCAAAGAAGUGGUCCAAAUUUUCCAACAGAAAAGGAAUUACUUCUUGGACCCUAACAAUGGAGUUGAGUGGAUUAUCUACACAACAAGCAUCAUUUUUGUGUUGCCCUUGUUCGUUGGUAUACCAGCUCAUGUGCAGUGGCAAUGUGGAGCAAUUGCUAUUUACUGUUAUUGGAUGACCUUCUUAUUGUAUCUUCAGAGAUUUGAACACUGUGGCAUUUUCAUUGUCAUGUUGGAGGUAAUCAUGAAGACUUUGCUGAGGUCCGCAGUCAUGUCUGUGUUCCUUUUUCUGGCCUUUGGACUCAGCUUUUACGUCCUCCUGAACAUACAGGAUGCUUUCAGCUCCCCAUUGCUUUCUAUAGUCCAGACCUUCUGCAUGAUGCUAGGAGACAUUAAUUAUCGUGAUGCCUUUCUAGAACCAUAUUUGAGAAAUGAAUUGGCAUAUCCACUUCUCUCCUUUAUACAACUUAUUACCUUUGCAAUAUUUGUCCCAAUUAUCCUCAUGAAUUUACUUAUUGGCCUGGCGGUUGGUGACAUUGCUGAGGUCCAGAAGCAUGCACUUCUGAAGAGGAUUGCUAUGCAGGUGGAACUUCAUACCAACUUAGAGAAGAAGCUGCCACUCUGGUUCCUGCGCAAAGUGGAUCAGAAAUCCACCAUCGUGUAUCCCAACAGACCCAGAUACAGGAGAGGGCUAUUAUGUAUAUUUCAGUAUGUCUUUUGCACUAAUGAAGCAAGACAAGAAAUGCCAAAUACUGAUACAGCUUUAGAAGUAGAAAUAUUGAAGCAGAAAUACCGGCUGAAGGACGUGACUUCUCUUCUGGAAAAACAGCACGAGCUUAUUAAACUCAUCAUUCAGAAGAUGGAAAUCAUCUCAGAGACAGAGGAUGAAGAUAACCAUAGUUCUUUUCAAGACAGGUAUAAAAAAGAGCAGUUAGAACAAAGGAAUAGCAAAUGGAAUUCUGUGCUGAGAGCAGUAAGGACCAAAACGCCGUGACCUCAGCAGUAGCUGCCUAAUGCAGCAGGGCUUCCUGCGUGCACGUUUCUUGUGUCUUAAACACAAAUAUAUACAGAUGGACACACAGGGUCUGAGUUCCAGUUUGGAAAUUAGUAAGGAAAAAGCACGAAGCUGAUUCUAUUUUUCUCCAUGUGAAACCAUAGUUCCUGUAUCCUGUGUAUAAGUAAACUAUCUUUUCCUUAGUCACAUUUUCUGCCAUCACUCUGUAGUGGAGAUAUCCUUGCUCAUAUGCCCAAGUUGGACUUUACCUCUCAUUAUUUGAAUAGGUAGAAAGUCAUUUGCUGGAACACACAUUUUUGAUGAUAAGGAGUAAUAAAUGUAACUGUUGAGCUAGAAUACAAAUGUCAAUACUAGAGUCCUGCUCAAUAAUUAUAUAAUAUGUAAUGCAUUAAGCAGUGAAGGAUUACAUUGGGUUCUCCCAUUGGGCAUGCUUUCUGUGUGGGAAGAUCCCAUAGAUGGAACCCUGUGUGCUCUAUUCUGAUCAUAAUGAGUGGCCUCACCCCUCUGCACCUGAUGUCACUCUGACUUGAGGCUCAAAUCAACAGACCUUAUGCGAUGCUUGAAUUUUACUACAGGUAGCAUGUGUUGUUUCUGUGGUUUUUGUUUGCCAAUGAUCAUAAUAAAUAGAAAACCUGUAUG